ACGCGUGCGCAGGACCCGAUGGGUGCCCGGACGCGGAAGAACUGGCCCCGCGGAGGUUACCGCUUCUGAAGCGUGGGAGGCGGAAGAGACUGCAGGUUGUAGAUUUUGGUCUUGGCCCCAACGGGUUCCCCCAGACCAUUAGAACCCGAGAGAGGAAGAGGAGGCACCGCGGCGGCGGCUGAGAGGCCGAACCCCCAACCUGUCCUCGAGGCGGGAGGGGGGCAGGGAGGGGAGAAGCACCGAUCCCAGGGCUGAGGAGCCUCCGGGACCGGGUCCGGGAGCAUGGGGGGCUGGACCGGGUCCCCGAGCAUGGGGAGCUGGAGCCGGAGCCACCAAGGCCGCCCGGCCGGGUCCUACCCUACUGUCAGGUCCUCGGUGCUAGCGCUGCCCGGGCAGCCGCAGCAUCUGUAGCCCGGCCCCGCUUGUGGUCCUCAGCCGGAAAGAUAGCAGCAUGAGUUCCGCCGCUGCCUAGUUUCCUCCCCCUCCUCUUCUCCCUCCUCUCUCCUCUUCCCCAGACCACCUCCUUCUUUCCCGCCCCUGCGCUUCUCUUUUCCCUUACCCUCUGUCCUCGUCCUUCCCCUCUGCCCUCUCCCUUCUCCUCCCUCCUCCGCCCCCUUCCUCUCCCUUUCCCCCCCUGCCCUCCUCCUCUUAUCCUCUCUGUCCUGCUUUUCCAUCUAUCCUUUUCCCUCCCUCUUCCCUCCUCCCUCCAUCCUUGUUUUCCCUCCAUCCUUCUUCUUUCCUCCAUCCUUUUCCUUCAUUCUGUCACCUUCCACCACUACCUCUUCAUCCUCCUCUCCUGCCUCACCAUCAUCCUCCCUUCCUCAUCAUCAUCCUCCUUCCCUCCUCCUCUCCUACUUUUCUCCGCCCCCAGCCCCCGCCCCCGUCCCCAAGCCUCCGCCCCUUAGCCCCCGCCCCCAGCUGCCAGUCCCCAGCAGCUCAGUCCUGCAGUGAGAGUCUUGGGAGUCCAUAGCUAAGCACCAGGAGCUGAGCACUGCCCGCUGUGCCUGCCUGCAAGUCUGACAUGGCUCAGGAGAAAAUGGAGCUGGACCUUGAGCCUGACACAUCUUAUGGGGGAACCCUGAGGAGAUCCAGCAGCGCUCCCCUAAUCCAUGGGCUCAGUGACCUUUCACAGGUUUUUCAACCUUACACACUUAGAACUCGGAGGAAUAGUACGACAAUUAUGAGCCGUCACAGCCUGGUAAGUAUAGAAUUGCUGUCAUCCUCACCUAAUCGUAUUCCUAGUAGCAGACUGCAUCAGAUCAAAAGGGAAGAAGGCCUGGAUAUGGUGAACAGAGAAACUGCACAUGAGAGGGAAAUGCAAACGGCAAUGCAGAUAAGCCAAUCAUGGGAUGAGAGCUUGAGCCUGAGUGAUAGUGAUUUUGACAAGCCGGAGAAAUUAUAUUCUCCUAAGAGAAUUGACUUCACUCCAGUUUCUCCAGCACCUUCGCCCACCAGGGGAUUCGGAAAGAUGUUUGUGAGCAGCAGUGGAUUGCCACCAAGUCCAGUUCCCAGUCCAAGACGAUUUUCAAGGAGAAGUCAGAGUCCAGUCAAGUGCAUUAGACCCAGUGUUCUUGGUCCUCUUAAAAGAAAAGGUGAAAUGGAGACAGAAAGUCAGCCCAAGAGACUCUUCCAAGGCACUACCAAUAUGUUAUCUCCAGAUGCCGCGCAAUUGUCUGAUCUCAGUUCAUGUUCAGAUAUUUUGGAUGGCAGUAGUAGCAGCAGUGGCUUAUCCUCAGACCCGCUGGCUAAAGGCAGCGCUACCGCAGAGUCUCCAGUAGCAUGCUCCAAUUCAUGCUCUUCGUUCAUCUUGAUGGAUGAUCUCUCACCCAAGUGACUUAACCAUUUCUGAUUCAACGUUUUAACUGCUGUUUCCUACAUAAAACGUUUAGUGGGGAACACAGAGAACUUUGAUCCCUAAUGAGGAUUAAAGUUUUACAGAUUUCACCCAUUCUGAUGCUAUUAUUACUCUUUGGCAUCUCUCUUCUCCAAAGUUCAAUUUUGUGAGCCUAGUGACCUUACUAAUAUCUGGUUUUGCUGAUCUCAUUUUAGAUUUAGUGAUUAAAUCUCAAAUGCUCAUUUUUGAUUGCUUAGAGGAAUUUUUUUUCUUAAUGCCUCAAAAAACACCUAUUUUGAGUCUAUACAUUUAAGAAAGGCACUGAUAUGUAUUGCCUUUAAUGGUUCUUUUCCGCAGCAGUGAUACGACAGAUUUGAUCAGAAAUUCUCUUGCUUGAGAGAUUUUUUUUGUCCUCUGUUGACUACAUAGUUUCAAAUCUCUCUUUAUUUCAUGAUGAUAUAUAAAUUGCUUUUAAUUAUAUUAAAUUUUUAUUUUUCUGCAUCAGCUUAAAGUACAUUAUUUUGUUUCCCUUUCCUGUUUGAGCCGCUUAUGCCAUUUUCUCACAGAGGGGAAGAAAUACGUAGUUGCUUUCAUUACUCUUAUUGCUUCUUUGCUGUUGGGGUGUGUGAAGUGAGCAUUGAUUUUAGUGCUGAGAAUGUAAACGGACUUACAGGAUGCUUGGAUUAGUCACCACAGGUUCUUAUGACUUUGCUACCACAGUUGAUAGAUUUCUCCUCAAACCUGUUGCCGUAAGGAAUAUAUAAAAUAUUGUUGGUAUUUCUAGGUGGUGUUAUCAAGGAGAAGAAAUUCCUGCCUUGACCAGAUGUGUGGAGCAUCUACAAAUGAAUGAAUAGUUAUUUACACACAAACCACUGUGUACAAAAGCGUCCAUGGAGCUGUCAGUGUCUCGGGUGGUAUUAUGAGGCCUCAGGUGCCUUGGGGUACAUUGUCAUGCUGUAAGGGAUGUAUAUCAUAAGGUAUGGUGGAAGAGGGGCCUUAUGUGUAUGAUUGCCACAUACUGUUUCUGUUGCUGCUUUUUUUCCGAUUCCUUUUUGUCAUCGGAUUUGUUUGUUUUGUCAUGUGGUAAAUGGUGUUUUAGUUAUUGUGUUGCCGCCAGAAUCAGAAUCCAGUUAUUGUUCUAACUGCCUUGUAGUGAGGGCAGUUUAAUAUCUACAAAGAAGCUUUUAGGAGCUGAAAAAGUCAAUGUGAUUGUGCAUUCUGCUUUUAAGAAGCUGUUUCAGCUAUGAACUGUGUACGUGCUAUAAGUGUGAGGUACCAUAAGUUAUUUAAUUUUUAAAAGAGGAAGCUCCUGAGUGAGCUGUUUAAGAAACUGAGUGUAAUCUAUUGUUAUUUAUGACUAGGUAAAAUGUCUGUCGUGAUAGAUUUCUUUUAAUGUUCAGAUACUGUGGUUGGGUUGUCUAUAUUUAAUAUGCAGAUUUGCCUGCUGGAAUCAUAAUCCAUUUUUAAGUGAAUGUAAGAAAUGAAAACUACUGCAUUUGUGUCUUUUGAAGGCAAAGAUCCUUGGAUUUUAAAGGAAGAUUAUGUGCUUUGAAGGCACUCAGAGACUAGUAAUAGCAUAUGACUUGAAGGGAAACCCAUUCUCUUUCAAUUACAAGAGAGCAUCACUUAGCGUGCAGUAGUUCUGUUACAGCAUCCGAUGUGUCCUUUAUUUUAAAUUGUAACCAUAAAAGCCAUUAAUGGCUUUAUUUCUUGUAUUGCUCUCAUCUGGGAAAAGUCCCUACUUCAAAUGUUACAUAAAUCUAUUAUGAAGCUUGUCCCCUAGUAUGCCAUUAUAAAGAAAAAAUUCUUCGAUGGUAUGCAGUGUAUCUAUUCUGUUUGUAAAAGAUCAUGUCAAAAUGUUCUGCCUCUAUAAUGAUAAUAGAUGGUUUUGUCUUUCAGGAGAUUUAUCCACCUACUGUCUUCUUUGCCUUAAAGGGACACUUGGCCAUCAUUUUUAGGCUCGAACUUAACACUGUUAAGAAAUAACUGAAAUAUGAUGGUAUUUACAUUAAUUUUUGAAAUUCAGUGGUGGGAUAGAAUUAGGUCAGGAAAUGGAAGUUGUUCCAAUGGUGUGAGAACUAGGAGACAAGAUGAUUCUCUUUAUUAUUUAAACCAAGCUUCAUUUUUAGUUUUUGUUGUUUAAAUGGACUGGAAAGUUAAGUUUUUGCAGGGAUUGUUUUUGAAAUAAAGAGAUAUACUAACUCACAGGUGAGAACUUUGUUAAGACCCCUUUAUUUUUAUAUAAAGUCUAAUAUUUGAAAAGUGAUUGUUACAAAGUAAAAUUCUCUCUUCCUAUUCUAAUAUAUAUCAUAUAUUUCAGGCUUCUAUUUGAAAACAGGUAUAAGAGAUGAUAUGAUAAAACCCUAUAGAUAAUGUUUUUUGCUUGAUUGACUUAUAUAAUCACUGUUUCAUGAUUACUGCUUUUGGAAUAAUAGGAAGUUUUGUGAAAUGCUGGCCUUGUGUAUAUCUUAGAAUGCAAAUUUAAUAAAGUGUGUAUACGUGCAUAAAAUUUA